CCCCCUGAAGCGCAAUAAUUGAGGCCAGAACAACAAAGACAACAGUCUACUGGUUGAGCAUGAACCCGACGUUAAUGCAAUCUGGUUGUGGACAUGUUUGUCAACCCCAAUGCCAGCACCCAGGAUAUCCGUGAAUUCUUUUCUGAUACCCCCAACAACAACUGGACGAGGGUCUUGCUUCUUUUGUGGGUGUUCAGAUUUGGCGCCAGGAAGACGCUAUUCUUCCACCUCGCAUCAUCAUUCAGCGGAGUGUCGCCUGCGGUGUUCUUUAUGCGGUGUGCAUCGGCGGAGGCAUGGUUUCUUUAAUCUAUAACCUGCCAAUCUGGUUUCAGGCCGUCAAAGGUACCUCGGCAAUCCAGUCUGGUAUCGACACUAUUCCCCUUGUCCUCUCUCUCGUCGUUGGAGCCAUCAUCUCUGGCGCUAUCAUUACCCGGACUGGAUAUUAUGUUUCGUGGAUGUUUGUUGUCACAAUUCUCACCUCUGUUGGCGCGGGAUCUUUGUCAACGACUUGUCACAGGAACUCAAGGGAAUUGGAGGGAUUGAUAUCGAGGGGAUUAUUGAGGCCGGGGCGACAUCUCUGGCUCGAGCGGUUCCGUCAGAAAAAUUCCACAUUGUCCUGGUUGUGUACAACGACGCUCUACUAAAGAC